AUGUCCAGAGGAGACAUGGCCAAACCCCUCCUGGGCCACGGAAGCAUGGAGGGUGACUCCAGCGGCACGCCCGCGGCUGGGCGCACCGUUGGGGUGCUGGGGAGCGGGGACUUUGCACGGUCGUUGACCAUCCGACUGGUGUGCUCCGGCUUCAAGGUGGUGGUUGGCAGCCGCAACCCGAAGCGAAAAGCCAACCUCUUCCCUUCCGCAGCAGAAGUCACCUUCCAGGCUGAAGCGGUGAAGAAGACAGAUGUCAUUUUUGUGGCUAUUUUCAGGGAACAUUACUCCACCCUCUGUGACUUGGCUGACGUGCUGGCAGGCAAGAUCCUGGUGGAUGUUAGUAACAACACUGAGAUCAACCAUCACAAAGAAUCCAAUGCUGAGUACUUGGCUUCCCUCUUCCCAGCCUGCACCGUGGUCAAAGGGUUUAAUGUGCUUUCUGCGUGGACACUGCAGUCAGGUGCCAGGGAUGGAAAUAAGCAGGUUCUGCUUUGCUCAGAUAACCAAGAGGCCAAGCGCAUUGUAGCAGAAAUUGCUCAAGUCAUGGGGUUCUCCCCAGUGGACAUGGGAUGCAUGUCAUCAGCCUGCGAGAUUGAGAACAUUCCCCUGCGCCUCUUGCCAGCCUGGAAAAUCCCCAUCUUCUUGUCUCUGGGGCUCUUUCUUUGUUUCUUCACUUACAACCUGAUCCGGCAGGUCAUCCACCCUUACAUCAGGGAGCAGAAGAACAAGUUGUACAAGAUCCCCAUCGAGGUGGUCAACACAACGCUGCCUUGCGUGGCCUAUGUCAUGCUGUCCCUUGUCUACCUGCCCGGGGUGGUGGCAGCCUGCUCGCAGCUCUACUACGGCACCAAAUACAGGCGCUUUCCAGACUGGCUCGACCAGUGGCUCCAGCACCGAAAGCAGAUUGGUCUCCUCAGCUUCUUCUGUGCAGCUUUGCAUGCUGUGUACAGCCUCUGCCUGCCCAUGCGCCGCUCCCACCGCUACCAGCUCAUUGAGAUGGCCGUCAAGCAGGCUAUGGAGAAGAAGAUGAAUAUCUGGGUAGAGGAGGAAGUCUGGAGGAUGGAGAUUUAUCUCUCUGUUGGAAUAAUUGCCCUGGGCUUGCUGUCGUUACUUGCCAUCACGUCACUUCCAUCUAUCGCAAACUCUCUCAACUGGAGGGAAUUCAGUUUCAUCCAGUCCACACUUGGAUUUAUUGCCUUGGUAAUCAGCACUCUGCACACGCUCACAUAUGGAUGGUCAAGGGCCUUUGAUGAGAACCAGUACAAAUUUUACCUGCCUCCAACCUACACCCUCACACUGCUCGUCCCAUGUACUGUGAUCAUAGCAAAAGUCAUCUUCAUUUUGCCCUGCAUCCAGCAGAGACUUCUGCGGAUCAGGAGGGGCUGGGAGAAGGGCAGAUACGUGAAGUUUGUCCUGCCCAGUGCAACCGGGGAAUUUUCCAGUGGAGAGACCUCUAGCAACGUCUAACAGAGCCCCAGCUGUGACAGAGGAUAUCAAAGCACUAUCAACGUUUCUACGAAGGUGUUUCUUUUUGUUAAACACAUGGAUGUUUUGGUAUCAUUGUACUGUGGGCAGACAAUAAAAUGUGGUGACUUCAGAAAGUGGAUGACUGCAAAACUAGUUUAGAUAGUAGUAGUUAAAUUGUAUUGCUGGUUUGCAAGGACAAUUACUGCCUUAAAAACGACUCUGAAAGCCAAGCUGGCAGCACUGAUAUUCAUGGGAGAUUGGCAGACUCUUGUUAGUCAGAUCAGUCACUGGAGGUGCUGGGUGGCAGCUCCCCUGACCAGGACUUUUCAUUGCUUUCCUAGCUGCUCUCGUCAAUUUCAACGGGGUUUUCGUUGUCACUGUUGUUGUUGGGGGUUUAAAUAUGAAUUGGGAAGGUUAUGAAAGGAAAAAGAUCCUGCCUGUUGAAUGUCUAGAUGAUGAAUUGUCUGUGGUCUUGGGUCUCCUCAGUUAACAGAAUGACAAGUAAGAACACCAAUAUCCACAUCAUGUAGCAUCUGCAGAUUUUACUAAAAGCAUCCAAACUUGACAGCAUGGCCAAAUAUCCUGAUUCUCUCACACACAGACAGCACUUCUGGUCCUCUAAGCUGUGCCUGGUGCACUUUUAUAAGCUACAGAAAUAUAACACCUUUUCCAGCAGUAGAAAAGCAUUUGAAGAGUGGUGUUCCUAGCAUUACACAUCUGCUCUGCCAUAAAAGCUGCUGCUGCGUGUUCUGUGUUUUUACUAAGCCAAAGUUUCCAGCAGUAUUUGAUGGAAAUAGAGUGAAGUUAAUUAUCAGACAGACCUGCUGCUUCAUAAAAUUACAUGAAGAAAAUCAAGGCCUUCCAGCUGGCCUUACAUCAAAUAAUGGGAUGAAGCUCUUAGAAGCCAUUGUCACCUUAACACGUUCAUUUACACAGGGAAAACAGCAGCUUUAUAUGGUCUUGCAAAGAGAUCAGCUAGUUUUGACCACAACAUGAAAAUACAGCAGUUGUGCAUUCUAGGCAGAGUCCUUUAUUGUCUUGACCUUAAAAAGUCAUUUGCUACAUCACAAAGCAGGUAUCAUAACCCUAUUCUGAAUUCACACCCACUUUGGACAUGGGCAAUGAAGAUUUCUAUCCUACUUUCAUUUUCUACCUGUCACUUUCUACGCCUUCAAGCUCUUGCUCUUUAUCAGAAUAAUUCUUUAGGUUCUGGACAUCCAAAUCCCCAAAUAGAGAACAGCCAUUCACAAAAACUCAUUUAAAAGCAAGCAAUCAGGGUGACAUAAGUCUACCUCAGUAAGGUCAGGUGCAAGGACAUUGGCUAGAAUAGCUUCGCUUGAGCAAGCUGUUCUAGUGGGAGGUGUCCCUGCCUAUGGCAGGGGGUUGGAACUGGAUGAUCUUUGAGGUCUCUUCCAACCUAAACCAUUUUAUGAUCUUCCUACAGUUAAGUGGUCAGCAUUGCUUUGAAAAACAGCCAUCAGCAUCAAAUGAGGCAUGGUUCAUGGGACUAGAAAAUACCUACCACUAAACCAGUUAAUAUAAAUGGAAGAGAGCCAAAUGAUCCAUUUUGGGGUGCAUAUGCCCUUCUACAAGCCAACUUUGCUGCUGUAGCCUGAAUGAUUUCUACAUAGUAAACCUUAAGAUUUCCCUGUAUAGCUUCAAAAUGAACAGCAAUAUUCUCCAAACAUUGCUCAUGGUGUCAGUGAUGAUAUUGAGAGGGUUUAGUUCUUGUUUAAGGCUUACAGUGAAGUCUCCAAACACCACUUCCUUUCAUUGUCUAGGGAGAGAUCAACAUGAGGGAAAUGCCUGAAUUUCAUAAUGGGCUGAGUUUUUCAUGUAGUGGGGUUUUCUUGGCAACACAGGGCAAGUACCAUCCUUUUCCACUGUCCCUUUCAUACAGCUUUCCCCAUCAACCACUACAACCUACCCCAGGGCAGCACCUGAUCAAAUCACUCAACAAGCAGAUCAACUACCCAGCACUUUCUAUUUCUGCUUGAAUGGUAGGUUAGGUUUCUGCAUGGAUUUGAGACAGUCUCACCUGAGUAUAAUUCCACCAGUAUAAUUCCAGUUGAAUUCAUACUUCAGGGAAGACUGGAUUCAGCAAGCUUGUUCUUUUAAUCUUCUCCUGUAUUUCAUCAUCAACACAGAAGCACAAGCUUGCACAUUUUCUAGUUACAGUAGUGGUUCCCAGUGCCUUUUUCCCACCUAAGGUUCUUUCCACAUCUUUAGGUCAGAGAAGGCCACUGCCUGGUGGAAGAAAACAGGGAAGAGAAAAAAAAUGACUAGGAGACAGGUAAAGAGCAUUAGCCAGGCUUGCAGGCUUUGUCUUGAAGGGGAAAGGUGUGGUUUUGUUGUGAGUCAUGCAAUGCUGAAGACUUUUCUUUCUGCCCAGCAGAUGUAAGGUUUACACCUUUGUUUACAUGACUUUCACACCCACAUGCCCUUCCCCAUUGAUGGCAGAAGGACAGUUUUCAUGAGCAGGAGCAGAGUAAGGCACCUGGACCUUCCUGGCAAGCUGGCUCUGUUAGUGAGUCAGCAUGGUACUUUUCAGAUGGACACAAGCCCAGAUGGACAGGCAGGCCAGCUCUAAAUCCCCACAGCUACUGCAGCUCCAUGGAGUCUGAACAAAAGGUUGCUCCACUGCCUCCAGAUACUGCCUGUGCCAACAGACUGUCCAGCCAGUCACCUUUUAAAGACUGAGACCCAUUCCUCUAACUGCAGAACACCAUUUCAGAUAGUGCCUUCUGCAGGCAUCUGCUCCUGAAAUCAUUUGACACAACAGUUUGCCUAAUAUCUUCUGGUUUGGGAGUGCUGAAAAGUAGUUUGAGAAAUUUUUCAGUUACCUUUUCCCUAUACAUUGUUUUUUAUUAAUCUGAAUAGGGGGGGUUGUGGGGCUUGCUUAAAAUUUACCUAUUGACUGGUUUUGUACCUGGAGUUUCUUUCUCUGUAUAUUUGUACACACACACACAUAUAUAUAAUACUGGAGAAUAUAUAGCUGGAAUGUAAAUUCUUUAUAUUAUAUUUUUCUGUAUUACCUCCUAUGUGCCUCUGGAAUAUGUAAGAACCAACUGAAAAGCUGUAAGAGUAAAGCCAGUUAUGAUCACUGGAAUCUGUUGUUAUAUAAAAGAUAUUCUGAACAGGUCAGUAGAAUUA